AUGAGAAGAAUAAAUGAGAAAUUUGGGAUGCGGAAUUUGAGAGGGUUUUUGAAGGGAUUAAAUAAAAUAAUAAAGUUUCAAAUCCAAAGAUUACCAAACAGAGGAAAGAUGGUGAAGAUUUGCUGCAUUGGAGCUGGGUAUGUCGGAGGCCCCACCAUGGCAGUGAUAGCACUCAAAUGCCCUAAGAUUGAAGUGGCGGUUGUUGAUAUUUCUGUCCCGCGCAUCAAUGCUUGGAACAGCGAUCAGCUCCCUAUCUAUGAGCCAGGCCUUGAUGAAGUCGUGAAACAAUGUCGUGGCAAGAAUCUUUUCUUUAGCACGGAGGUUGAGAAACAUGUCGCUGAAGCUGAUAUUGUGUUUGUUUCAGUCAAUACUCCCACCAAGACUCGGGGUCUUGGAGCAGGCAAAGCCGCAGAUUUGACUUAUUGGGAAAGUGCAGCCCGCAUGAUUGCUGAUGUGUCAAAAUCUGACAAAAUUGUGGUUGAGAAGUCCACUGUCCCAGUCAAAACAGCAGAGGCCAUCGAAAAAAUUUUGACCCACAACAGCAAGGGAAUUAACUUCCAGAUUCUCUCUAAUCCAGAAUUCCUUGCUGAGGGGACUGCAAUUAAAGAUCUUUUCAAGCCUGACAGGGUUCUGAUUGGAGGCCGGGAAACCCCUGAAGGCUUAAAGGCAGUUAAAGCACUGAAGGAUGUUUAUGCUCACUGGGUUCCUGAAGAAAACAUCCUUACCACUAACUUGUGGUCCGCUGAGCUCUCAAAGCUCGCUGCUAACGCAUUCUUGGCCCAAAGAAUCUCAUCAGUCAAUGCUAUGUCUGCUCUUUGUGAGGCUACUGGUGCAGAUGUUUCACAAGUUUCAUAUGCUGUAGGUACAGACUCAAGAAUUGGUCCCAAGUUCCUUAAUGCUAGUGUUGGUUUUGGUGGCUCUUGCUUCCAGAAGGACAUCCUUAAUUUGGUUUACAUUUGCGAAUGCAAUGGUCUUCCUGAGGUGGCAGAAUACUGGAAACAGGUCAUUAAGAUUAAUGACUAUCAGAAGACUCGUUUUGUGAACCGUGUUGUUGCCUCUAUGUUCAACACAGUCGCCAACAAGAAAGUUGCCAUCUUAGGUUUUGCUUUCAAGAAGGAUACAGGUGAUACCAGAGAAACUCCUGCUAUUGAUGUUUGCAAAGGACUUUUGGGUGACAAAGCUCGAUUGAGCAUUUAUGAUCCUCAGGUUACCGAGGAUCAGAUCCAGAGGGACCUUACAAUGAACAAGUUCGAUUGGGACCAUCCUCUCCAUCUCCAGCCCAUGAGCCCCACCACAGUGAAGCAAGUUAGUGUUGUUUGGGAUGCCUACGAGGCAACUAAAGAUGCACAUGCUGUUUGCAUUCUUACGGAGUGGGACGAGUUCAAGACUCUUGAUUUCCAGAGGAUAUACGACAACAUGCAGAAACCUGCGUUUUUCUUUGAUGGAAGGAACAUUAUCAAUGUGAAUAAGCUGAGGGAAAUUGGCUUUAUCGUGUACUCAAUCGGCAAGCCACUGGAUGCCUGGCUUAAGGACAUGCCUGCUGUUGCAUAA